AUGGACGGUUCACAGCAACUCAAUUCCGAGUUGUUAUCCAGACUUCUUGUAACUCAAUUGAAAGACGUGUGCAGACUGUUGGAAUUAAAAGUUGGUGGAACAAAAGCAGUUUUAGCUGGGCGCAUAGAAGAUUACGUUGAACACCUCAAGGAAAAGGGCGAUAUUGAAAAGCUAAACUUUGUUAGAGCACAGGUUGAUAGAUUAUUAAAUACUAACCGAAUGAAUUCAUCAACAACACCUCUACCGAAUCAAGGUUCAAUAAACCGAGUUCGGAUUAAUUACAAUAAUGGUUAUAAUCGGGAGUCAAAUAAAGAAACUAAAUCUGGUGGCUCUUAUCCUUCAAAUUGUCAUCCCUCAUAUUCCCCGUAUUCCACCCCCAUUUACCGUAAUCUCCCGCCUCCGUCACCAUCAUUAGGUACACCAUUAAAUUAUAAUCAUAAUCAUCAUCCAAAUCCGUAUGCUUUUUAUCCUAGCAAUGACAAGACGUCAUCGUCUUCAUUAUCGACGAAUAACGGCGGGCGCAGUGGUACACAGCCACAACAAAUCAUAAAGCUUCCAUCAAAUUUGCCGUCGAAUUAUUUUCAAAAUAUAAUAUUUAAAAAUUCACCUUUUUAUGAGGUGGUGGAGCGAAUCACACCUGGAAAAAUUUGUCAUGCUUCAAAUGAUAAAUAUCGGAUUUGUGUCGAUUUUUUAUUAACACAUUCACAUCUAAACAAGAUAAACUCAAAAUAUAAUGAAAAUUCUGGAAAAUAUCAAGUUCGAUUUUUCAGUUGUGCUGCACCUGAAACAACUCAUUACAUGUCGAGAAGUCCUCAUGUUGCAUUAGUUGAAUUUCCAACAAUGUGUGAACUGUAUAUCAAUGGGAACCAACUACAAACAAGUCUUCGAGGAUUGAAAAAUAAACCAGGGACUGUUCAACCACGCGAUAUUACAUCAUUUUGUAAUACGAUUGUUAAAAAUACCAAUAAAAUUGAAUUUGUAUACGCGAAUACUUUGAAGCCCUAUAUAGUCAUGGUGCAAAUAGUUAAAAGCAUAUCAGUUGCAUCAAUAGUAGAGGGAAUAAAGAGGAAUAGAUUGAUAACGAAAGAAGCGGUGCUUCAGAAGCUACAAAAAGAAGCAGAAGAUUCAGAUCUCGUUGCUACUUCAAGCGUAAUCUCACUUAAAGAUCCGCUCUGUCACUUACGAAUAAAUACUCCAUGUAGAUCUGUAAAUUGCAGUCACAUCCAAUGUUUUGAUAUUGUUUAUUAUUUCCAAAUGAAUGAACAAACGCCGACAUGGACAUGUCCGGUUUGCAAUAAUAUAUUGGAUUCAUGGGAAGAGAUUGCAUUGGAUGGAUAUUUCGCUGAUAUUUUGGAUAAAGUGCCACCAGAUCAAGAAACAAUUGUAAUCGAAGCAAACGGCCGAUGGGAAUUAACUUCAACGCCUGAACCAAUCACAAAGAUUCCCCAACUCACAAAUACUAUCGACAAUAAUCCAGAAAUUUAUAUUAUUGAUGAUAGUGAUGAAGAAACAAUUAAUGCCCCUGUUACGUUACCAUCUAAUAAAGAAAAUAGUAAACCUAUUGUUAUUGAUCUUACACUUGAUUCUGAAGAUGAGAGUGAAGUCGACGAACUAGAUAGCGAAGAAAGUGUCAAUAAUUACAUCCCACCUUCACCGACAAAUCCGCAACCAUUAUAUCAAAUUAAUCCCGAAACUCAAUCUUCACCAACUUAUUACGACUAUCAUGAUAUCAACAAUAAAAAUUCAAAUGAUUCUGGAGUGGGAACAACACCGCAAACAUCGUCGUUGGCCUCACCUGAAUUAUUAGGGCAAUAUUUCUCUAUAGAAAUUAAAAUGGCUUUGAACUGGGCUUUGGUUGCAGGAGAUGCUAAAAAUCCACUUCCAGUACCUCUUCCCGAGGAGGAGUUCUUCCUUAGUAAGAAGAAGGUUUCGCUUGUUCUAGAAUUUGGGUC